AUGGACAAUUUCAAUAUAAUGAGUUGGAAUGUUAGAGGGUUAAACAAGAGGAAUAAGCAGAUAUAUGUUGUUGAUAUAUGCAAGAUAAAUAAGAUAGGAAUUGGGGCUCUUUUGGAAACCAAAAUAAAAGGUGAUCGAGUAAAGGAUGUUAUGAACUCUAGUUUUAUGGGCUGGGAUUAUUACAGUAGUAGGAGCCUGGAAGGGAGAAUCCUACUAACUUGGAAGGCCAGCUGGGUCAAGGUUGAAGUUCUAAAUGAUCAUGCUCAGUUUAUUCAUUGUAAAGUCCAGAAAUGGGCAACAGGCCAGUCAUUUUGCUUAUCAGUGGUUUAUGGCUCUAAUCAGUUGGAGAUUAGGAGAGAUCUGUGGUCUGAGUUGUCUGCAGUUUCCCUCCCUGUCAAACCGUGGUUAAUAAUAGGUGAUUUUAAUUCUGUAUUUGAUUCAGCAGACCGAAUGGGGGGUAAGACAAUCUCUCCUAACGAAUUUGAGGAUGCUCGAAAAUGGCUUGAUCUCGGGCAUGUGGAAGAAAUGAAGCUGUUGGGUUCAUAUUACACUUGGUCGAACAAUCAAGAUGGGACUAAUCGCAUUUUUUCCAAGUUAGAUAGAGUGAUUAUAAAUGAGGAUUGGCUUGAUACUUUCCCUAAUGUCAAUGCCAUAGCUAAUUGGGAGGUCGUUUCUGAUCACUGUGCCAUAAUUUUGAAGCAUAUAUUUGUCCAAAAGAUUGGUUUAUGUCCAUUUCGUUUUUUCAACAUGUGGACUAGUCAUCCGAAAUUCAAAUCUACAGUUCUGGCUAGCUGGAAUGAUUCUUUAGCUUUGGAGGGGUAUGGUUUACAGCAGAUCUCAAGGAAAUUGCAUCGUCUAAAAUUUAUCUUGAAGAGAUUCAAUUGGAGGACUGUUGGUGAUAUAGUCAAGAAUUAUGAGGAAAGUAAGCUGAUGUACCAGCAAGCUAAAAGUAAACUGUUCACUGAUCCGAAUAUAAUCAGAAUCUGA